CGUGCCCGCCCGCCUGCGCGCGCUACGGGCCCGGAGCGCCGCGCUGUCAGUGUGAGUGCGCGCUCUCGGACCGUGGGCUCCGCGGGGGACUCUGCUCCGCGCUCCUUGAUGAUCGGCGCCGCGGAAAGGCGCUAUAAAGGCUCCGAUCUCUCUCUGGGGAGGGGGGGGCACCUCCUUGGCAGCGCCGGAGAAGUUGCUGGCGGGACGCGCAGCGGUCGGACUUUCUUCUAACUGCCCUCUUUAUAAGUUAUACUAUAGUAUAUAUACUAGUACUAGUAGUAGUUAUAGUACCUUCUUCUUUUUUGUUUUUGUCUCUUUACACUUUUUUCAUUAUUCUUCCCUAUCCUGUCGUCACCAUCCAUCAUCAGCGCGGCUAUCAUUAUAAUAAUUUCCAAGAUUAUUAUUAAGAUGAACGACAGUCAUCUGCAUCCCCUGCCCGGCCAGCAAGUGGUCCAUGUGGCGCAGGACCUGGACACGGACCUGGAGGCGCUCUUCAACGCCGUCAUGAACCCGAGCCCGAACCCGAACCCGCGGCAGAGCUCGUGGAGGACGAAGCUGCUGCCCGAGUCCUUCUUCAGGGAGCCCGAGCUGGGCGCGCACUCGCGCCAGUCGAGCGCCGACUCCGGCAGCCACACGCCGCGCCUCCCGGCGCCGCAGCACGCGCGCUCCCACUCCUCCCCGGCGUCGCUGCAGUUCGGCGCGGGCGCGAGCUCGAACCCGAGCCUGAGCACGAGCCCGGCGCACCGCGCGCAUCUGCGCCAGCAGUCGUUCGACGUGGCCGACGAGCUGCCCCUGCCGCCGGGCUGGGAGAUGGCCUUCACCUCCACCGGCCAGAGAUACUUCCUCAACCAUGUGGAGAAAAUCACGACCUGGCAAGACCCCCGCAAGACCAUGACUGCUGCCAUGCACCAGAUGAACCUCCAAGGGCCGAAUCCUGGAUCCCACCCCGGCACAGGCCACCAGCGCUCCAUGGCACUGUCGCAGCCCAAUCUCGUGAUGUCCCACCACCAUCAGCAUCACCACCAGCAGCAGCAGCAGCAGCAUCAGCAGCACCACCAGCAACACCAUCCGCAGGCACCACCGCCGCCGCAGCAGCAGCAGCAGGUCCAGUCUCUGGCCCCCAGCCCCGCGGCCUCCCAGCAGGGCCUCCAGCAGCAGGGCGCCCCGGCCGGCCUCAUGAACCUGCCCAACCCUCUGACCACGCAGCAGCAGCACCAGCAGAAGAUGCGCCUGCAGCGGAUUCAGCUGGAGCGCGAGCGAAUCCGAAUGCGGCAGGAGGAGCUGAUGAGACAGGAGGUGGCGCUGUGCAGGCAGUUGCCCAUGGAGCCGGAGAGCAUGGCGCCGGCACCGGCCGCAAUCAACCCGGCACCCAUGACGCAGGGUGCGAUUCACAGCAACGGCUCGGACCCAUUCCUCAACAGCGGACCCUACCACUCGCGGGAGCAGAGCACGGAUAGUGGCCUGGGCCUGGGCUGUUACAGCGUCCCGACGACCCCCGAGGACUUCCUCAACAACCUGGAUGAGAUGGACACAGGAGACAGCAUGGUCCAGGGCACCAUGGCCGUGACUCAGCAGAGUCGCUUCCCCGACUUCCUGGACUCGCUGCCGGGCACCAACGUGGAUCUGGGUACCCUGGAGGGCGCCGACCUCAUGCCCAUCCUCAGCGACGUGGAGUCCGUGCUGAACAAGGGCGAGCCCUUUCUCACCUGGCUGUAGAUAAGGGCGGGGCCAGAUGUGGGCGGAGCUGUAGGUGGUGGUGUUGGGGGAGGGGCCAAGAAGCCAAGCCAAAGACUUCAUCUUUAGGGUUUCCUUUCUAUAAGAUGAGUGCCUUUAUGAUAUCACCCUUCCCCAUGUAGUAUUCGGACGCAAUCACAAAUUAGCCAAAGGUUCAAGCAGUAGUCCAAAAAUAUGUGGAAAUCACAAUGCUGGCUUUGAUAGAACAAAGAUUUUUGUACAUGUAGAAUGUGUAGCUUUUGUAUUUCGUGUUUCUCCUCUUUUUUGGAGUCAGCAUUCGGUUGUCCCGGUGUUCCUUCCUUGUGCUUCGGAGAGGGACACGACCAGCUCAGAAAGCGGCCGCUUGCUCUGCCAGCGAGGCGAUGGUGCAGCGGAAAGCUGGGAUUUGUUUUGGCCAGUAGGUGGCGACACUGGAGCCUGCCGUCUGCCUCUGAGUGCGGCUCGAACCCGCACUUUCCUGGAGCACUUCCCGUGCCCUUUUUCUCCUCAGCCUCACAGAACAAAGAAAAAAAAAAAAACACACACCUAUUUUCUGGCACUUUCACUUACAAAUAACACCAAAUAAAUGUUAAAGCUUUAAUCGCCUUGAAAUAAAACGGUAAAGUUACGGUAGCUACUUUUCAGAAGUUUUUUUUAAGAAAAAAUAUUUUAACAGUUAGAGCAGGUUAUAAAGACACGCUUGGCUAUCUAAAGCACUACAGUGGUUACUUCCAUUUUACAGGGGCAAGAAACAUCUAUUUUUUGUCAGGUGUUUUAUAUAACUCAGUAUUCAAUUUUAUAAACUGUACCAUUGUACAGGUUUGAACAAUCCUAUUAGUGGCCUUUUUAGAAUUUUAAUAUGCGUUUAUAUAUUUAUCGAGAGCUGUGAUUCUUAUACUUCUAACAUAGCUUUUAGAAUUUUCAUACGUUUGAAUUUCAAAACACUACAAGCCAAAGAUGCAUUGAAUAUUUUUUAUUUCAUGUUCUUAGAGCAGCGGUGGAAAUAUGAUAAGCUUCCCUAGAUAACGUCUGUUUCACCAUGUUGGGCAUCUUUGUAGCCUGUUUUAUUAACGAUAAGACAAUUUUCAAGCUUUCACUGUCUGUGUGGGAGAUGCCAAUCAAAGGAGGGAACCCCUGCUGUUUUAACGCAGGGACUGUGCAAAAACUAUAUUUUCUAUCACUUGUGGAAAUAUGCAUAAAUCAUAAGGUCGAUUUUUUAAGCAUCAAGCUGGAGAACUGUGACUCGAUAUGUUCCGAUUAAGUCCGGUUUGGUCGCAUACUUUUGUUUCAACUUUUUUUUUUUAUUGCAUGUUGAACUACAUAUUUGCUAUUACUAGUUACGGGUUUAUAAUCCCACUGUUUAUUAAGACUGUACUGUUUACUUUCUCUGUAGACUGGAAGGACUGAGAAGGCAGCAAUGUGAAAAAAAAUUGAAAGGUGAUUCAGGAAUGACAGAUGUAGGUUAUCCAUACGUGGAUGUGCAUGGAUGUGGUGCUCAUGACGUCCUAAGGCUGUGGCGGAUAGGAGUUAUUGUAAGGAUGCAGUGGGGGCGGGCGGGUGGGAACGGGUGAUGCUUGGGGCUGGUGCAGUACCAGCAUGCCAGGCCAGUUCCACCUUCCUCGGUAACGUAGCCCCCGCUCAGCAGCUCCGAUCUCAGGUGAGCUCUGUGGGAAAGGUCUGAAGAACAAGCCAUCAAGGGCCGAUCCAAGAUCAGCGCUGCUGGUUGCUUCGGUGGGGACACGCGGAGGUCAGUGGAACCUUUAGGAAAGCUCUCACCCGAGUCGGGGCAGAGCGUCUCGGUGAUGCCGACGAGCUCGUCUAAAAGCACACAUAUCCCAGCUAUUAGAGUUUCAGCUCACUGUUUUGCUCUGUAUCGUCUACCAAAGCAAUUAUUACUCUACUGAUGAACUACGGAUGAACAGUAAAACACAGGGCAGGGCCUUUAUCAGCUAAGGGGGAGUUAAGAAGAGGUGUUAAUGAAAUGGAGAAGGGUUUGAGUGGUUUUGGUUGUCCUUGUGUUGAACAAGCUAUUUUAUUUCCCUGCAAAAUGGGAAAUGACCCAGAGCGACGUGCAAGGCGCUGCAUCAUCACAUCAGUAGGUUUUUGGUUCUGCACUCAGACUAACCAAGACUGCACUUCUGGAGGCAGUGUGGAGUUCAUUUAGAAGAAUGUAACCUCAAAGUCCUCAAUGGAUUUAAAAAAAGCUCUUGUAACUUGUUUUAAACUCUUAAUAAAAAUGGUUUCAGUGA